AAUGAGCCAAUGCUUACGCAACUGAACAAUAUAAAGGAUCAACUAAGCACUUUAAGAAAUAGAGAUAUGCAACGGCAGAAACAAGUGACCGAUUUAAAAGAUGAAAUUAACUCGUGUAGAGGUGUUAGAGAAGAGGAAUGCAGAAGGUCGCUACCAGGCUACGAUUAUACAGGAAAGGUGAACGUCACACAGUCUGGGAGAACCUGUCAAGCAUGGAUUCUUCAGACUCCGCAUAACCAUCCUUAUACCAGUCUCCCAGAAAACUAUUGCAGGAACCCAGGUGUUACACCAAAUCCUUGGUGCUACACGAUAGAUCCAAACAAGCGAUGGGAUUACUGCGUCAUUCCUUAUUGUGUGACAUGUCCAUUGGAAUGUCUUCGAAAGAAUGAUCCCAAGGGCACGAAAUACUUUGGGACUCUAAACGUGACCAAAACUGGAGACCCGUGUCAGCGCUGGGAUUCCCAAACACCACAUAAACACACAUUUAGCCAGCUGUAUGAUCAAAAAAACUACUGUCGAAACCCAAACGACGACGACGGUCCUUGGUGUUAUACGACAAAUGCCGACAAACGAAAGGAGUACUGUACUGUUCCUUAUUGUUAGUUAUACUAGUGCAGCAAUGUUACGGUGUCCCGGAGCUAAAAUACGACUGAAAAACGAUGUUAUUUGAAUUAAAGAAAAAAAUACUUUGACCGGGAGUAUUAUCCAAAUUCAUGAGAAUAUAUUUGUUCAAAAAUUAUAUUUCAUGCAUUUUUGUGACGUCAUAUGUACAUCGUUGUCAAGUGAGGUGCGUAUCUUAACAUAGCAAAUUACCAAAUUAAAUCAAUUCUUUGUUUUGUCAUAUACUUUGAAGUUCUUGCUUGGGCUUGAAUUAGAUAUAUCAUUUUAUAAAGAUACUGUUAAAACAUUUUGCCAUGUCGUCAAAAUAUAGCACAUGUUUACCAAUUGAAAGCAAUUUUCAUAAAAGUAUGAUAAAUCCUUUGGUUUUCAGGGUAUUUUUCAAAUUGGUAUGUAUAAUCUUUCCAAUUUUUCGUAAACUAUUUUAAAAUUGUAUUGAUCAUUCACCUGCGCCAAGUUGUUUUUUACAUGCAAAUUUCUUAGAAUCUACAAACCUCUACUUAUAAGUAGUCUUUUACUUUAAACGAUAAUUAGAUCUGUCAAUUUCAAAAUAAUACUGAUUAUUAAUAUGAAUCAGUUCUACAAUCUAGCAAAAAUGGCAGCAUUUGUGGUGUAAAGGAAACGGACAGUUUUAUUACAUUAUGCUAAUUAUAAUAAAAUAUAAUUAAACAUUUAUUAUACUGGUUGAUUUCUUUAAAAAAAAAAGGUUGGUGGACUACAGUCAUGCCCGCCUUCAACCUACCACCCUAACUUAACAAAAACACUAAAAUGUUUGUACUUAUCACUAAAUAAUUGUCAAGUUGCACCGUUAUCCACCUAUUGAAUUAUAGCAGUAAUAAAUAAAUCAAACAUUGUAUAAAAUAAAAAUCAG